UCAUAGCUGUUCCUUGGAACCACCUUUCCCUUGCACUGGCCUCCGUCUCCUCUCCUGUCAUCUGAGAAUCUCUUCAGAGGCUUAUCUUGGGCUCAGUGUUUACCCUGUGCCGCCUGGCAACAGCCGGCAUGCUCAGGAUUACCAGAGGAGCUCCCUUUCAACACACAGAAAAGUUUUGAAUUCACUUAGCCUUUUUUUUUAGUGGGGAAAAGGGAGAGUUGGGUAUAUGAGGUGAAGGCAACAGAAGGAGUGGUGGGACUUGGAUCAUCAGUUCUUUCUUUCUUUCUUUAUUUCUUUUCCCUGCCUCCUUCCUCUGCUCUCCCUCCUCACUUUUGCUCUUGCGAGGCUUGUUUAUUUAAUUGAAUUUUUGCGCUGAGUUUUUCGGGAGGGGCCCGCGUCCCACGCGAUGGAUCACACGCUCUUCGGCUGCCUGCGCAGCCCUCACGCGUCUGCGCAGGCCCUGCAUCCCGCCUUCGCGCAGUCGCCGCUGGCGCUGCACGGCCGCUCGGACCACGUCUCCUACCCCGACCUGGCGGGGUCCUCGUCCUCCUGCAUUGUGGCGGGUUACCCGGGCGACGAGGGCCUGUUCGGCGGGCAGCACCACCGCGGGCAUCCCGGGCAGCAGCAGCAUCACCACCCGCCGCAGCACCAGCCGGGCUGGCACAUCCCGCCCAUGCCCUCGCCCUCGCCCGCCAGCGGCCGCCACAGCCUCUGCCUCCCGUCACCCGACAGCGCCUCCCCCGACCUGUGCCCCGGUGGCCCCAGCCUGUGCGCCAGCACCCCCAGCCUGGGGGCCAACACACCCACGGGGGCGUCCUGCGUCCCCGGGGACUUUGGGCGGCAGGCUUUGUCCCCCGCUGAGGCAGAGAAACGCAACGGCAAGAGGAAAAGUGACAGCUCAGAUUCUCAGGACGGGAACUAUAAGACCGAUGUGAGCAGCAAACCCAGAAAAGAGAGGACAGCAUUCACCAAGGAACAGAUUCGAGAGCUGGAGGCAGAGUUUGCGCAUCACAACUAUUUGACAAGGCUGAGACGUUAUGAGAUAGCUGUGAAUCUGGACCUCACAGAAAGACAGGUGAAAGUUUGGUUUCAGAACAGAAGAAUGAAGUGGAAGCGCGUGAAAGGGGGGCAGCAAGGGGCAGUGGCACGAGAGAAAGAACUGGUCAACGUUAAAAAGGGGACACUACUGCCUUCAGAGUUCUCUGGCAUUGCGGGACUCCAUCACUCAGCAGACUCCCUGGUCAACGAGGACAGUCACGACAGUGAUCAGAGUUCGGAGCAUGCUCACUUAUGAUUGACGGCAGGCCGUGCCCUCACAGAACAGACUCCGCCUCCUCACUCAGGAAAGAAUACGUCUAAUAAAUGAUAGGUGUUAUGAUAGCUGAUUGCUCAUAGCUCAUGCGUUGAUGAGUAAGGAUGACAUGAAUUAAAAGAUACAUAAACAUGUAUAAAUGUACAAAAAAUGAUAUGGGUUGCAGGAACUACAAGGCUAUUUGUUUUUUCAUUAAAACUAAGAUUCACAUUUAAGGAAACCUCAGAUAAAAAAUAAACACAAAUGCCAAACCUUUAUCAAACAAAAUACCUACCAUAGGUUUAAUUUGAAAAUAUCAAAUAGAAGAUGCACACUUGAAAUAUGAAGUUUCCUAAUGAGUUUUACAUGUCUAAUAUGAAUCUCUGUUCUUCUGCACAAGGCCUCUGAGAAGUGUUAAGACACAUUCUGAUUGGCCAAAGUGUUGUGAACAUUCCACAUUUUGUGUCUUACAAAGACAAUGGGCAGCCAUAUGCUUUUGUUUGCACUGUUGAACACCUGCCUAUAUUGGUUUCUACUGUAUGUGUUGAAAGUUACGAUGAAAUCGAACUAUGAUGAAAUCAAACGUGCAGGAGAAUCAAAUACUUGUUCAGCUAAUAUCCUGUAAAUAGUUCUCAGUAUUUUUUCUUUUCUUAUUUACAUGCUAACAACAGUUCCCUAUUUAGAAUAUAACAUCCACACAAUAAUAAACAUUGCUUGUAUACUGCUA